AUAGGUAGUAGCAAGUGUUUUAGUUUUAUGUAGUAGAAGCGUUUUCCUCAUCGCACUAGCUAUCACAAUUCACAUUCCUUCUGGUAUAAUUCAGUUGCAAAAAAUGGUGCUGUUGCCCAAGUUCUCUCUGCUCUUGUUGGUUCUUCUUUCUUCGUAUGUUAUUCUCUUGAUAAAUAAUCAAGUUAAAUGUGAUGAUGAUGAAGAUAAUCUUUAUCAGGGUAUCAACAAGUAUCGAGCAUCAUUAAACUUGAAACCUCUUACAAAAAAUAAAAAUGCAGAUUGCCUUGCUGAUAAAUUAGCUGACCAAUUCAAGAAACAACCAUGUACAAAUACCACAGGUGCUAAUACAGUACCAGGUACAGAACCUCAAUUCUCCAACUACCCUGACCUUUUAGCUAAAUGCAACUUGGCUAUUUCUGACACAAGAGAUGGAGAAGUUAUGCCUGCUUGUGUUCCUGGCCUGGCUCCGAACCUUGUCCUCGCUAACUUCACGAAGUCUCUCUACUCGGAGAAUCUCAACGACACGCAGUUUACAGGAAUUGGUAUUGGUUCAGAAGAUAACUGGAUUGUUGUUGUCUUGACCACUAACACUCCUGCAGGAAACUUUGCUCCCGAUACUUCUAAUGCUGCCAAUUUGAUAUCCAAAGUUGGAAUGAUUUACUGCUCAAUGCUCUUGUUAGCAUGCAACAUUUUCCUGUUAUGAACCUAGAGGAUGGCUAUUGACAUCGCUUCAUUGUUACAAUUUUGUUACCAGACAGAAACCCAUGGUAUAAUGCCACAAAGGUUUUACUUGAAUAAGGUUAAAAUGGAAUUAAUGAAGACAACUACUUUUCAAGUGUAAAACUGAGAGAUCCUUGUGUUACUGUUGUUUAAUAAUGUAUUUGUCUAUUGAAUGCUAGAGUAAGAAAAAUAGGAGUGUGUUGUUCCCAAAGGGUUGUUAUUGUUGUCAUUGUUAUCAAUAAUAUCAUUUAUGAGCUUCAAAGUUCA